UAAACUCCGAAAUAAAAAUUCGAUCGACGUAUCAGCUAUCGAAUCUCGCGCGAGGUAAAUUCGUCCUUUUCUAAGAUUAGAGGUUAGGAUAGCUUUCCAAGCAUCCGCAAGCAUCCGAUUGUCGCGCGUCCGCUCACAGGAAUGCAUCAGUGUCAUCAUUGUUAGUUAUCGGCGUGGGAAGACUGAUUGGAAAUGCAAGGACAGGAUCCGAGGCAAACCGGUAAAAAUUCAUGUAAUGUGACAAUAAUUGGAUCGUUAUCGGGCGGGAAUGGCGUGGCAGGUAGACGCGCCCGGCGAUGAUACGGCGGAUUUUGCAGUCGUUAAAUUGAGAGGCGUGAAUCAUGCACGGACGUGAAGAUGAGCAGUACAAAACACAAAAUAUGCAUGGUCUCGGAUUUCUUUUAUCCAAACAUGGGUGGUGUCGAGGAGCACAUUUUCAAUCUGUCUCAAUGCCUGCUGGAGCAUGGCCACAAGGUGGUGAUACUUACUCAUUCCUAUGGGGACAGAGUAGGAAUAAGAUACAUGACAAAUGGUCUCAAAGUAUAUUAUAUCCCCGUAAAAGUUUUCUACAAUCAAUGCGUUCUUCCAACGAUGAUAUGUUCUCUUCCACUUAUUAGAUAUAUCUUCAUUAGAGAAGAUAUACAGAUUAUACAUGGCCAUUCUGCGUUUUCGGCACUAGCCCACGAGGGAAUGUUAAUUGGUAGAUUAAUGGGAUUAAAAACGGUUUUUACGGAUCACUCGCUUUUCGGUUUCGCGGAUGCGUCUGCCAUUCUGACGAACAAAUUUCUCGAAAUAUCGCUGGUAGAUUGCAACCAUUGUAUAUGUGUAUCUCACACUGGGAAGGAGAAUACAGUAUUGCGAGCCAAAGUAUCAAAGGAAAAGGUAUCAGUUAUCCCGAACGCCGUUGAUACCACGUUAUUUACUCCCGAUGUCGGUAAACGAAACAACGAUUUUAUUACCAUAGUAAUAGUAUCACGAUUGGUAUACAGGAAGGGUGUCGACCUCUUAGCUCAUAUAAUACCCGAGAUUUGUCUGCGCCAUAAGAACGUACAAUUCUUAAUCGGCGGGGACGGUCCGAAGAGAUGGCUUAUAGAAGAAGUACGAGAGAGAAAUUUGUUACAGCACAGAGUUACUCUAUUGGGCAGUCUAGAACACUCUCAAGUCAGACAUGUUCUGAAUAAGGGUCACAUCUUCCUGAAUACAAGCCUAACAGAGGCUUAUUGUAUGAGUAUUGUAGAAGCAGCUUCUUGCGGUCUGCAAGUAGUAUCAACGAAAGUUGGAGGUAUUCCGGAGGUUUUGCCGCCGGAUCUGAUUUACCUCGUGGAACCCACUGUACCUGCGUUAAUUGAAGGACUGGAAACGGCUAUAGCGGAUUAUAAGAAGGGCAAUGUCAAAUGCCCUUUCGAAAUGAAUAGGAGAAUAGGCUUGUACUAUAAUUGGUUUAAUAUUACCAAACGUACGGAGAUAGUAUAUAAUUUAGUGAAACGUGAGACGAGAAGGAAUUUGGGACAGCAAUUAGCUAGUCAAAUAAAAAGCGGUGUAUUGGCCUACUUGCUUGUGGUGUCGUUGUGUUAUAUAAUACUACAAUUUCUGGAAUUCUUCGUCCCUAGAAAGUAUAUCGAUAUUGCGCGAGAUUACAGCGAUAUUCAUGUUAUGCCAUCCAACGGGAAAGGAAAAGAAGAUUAUCAAUCGUUACAGAAAUCUGGAAUAAAAAUCGUUCUCUGCAAAAGUUGUUAUACAGGUAAUUAUAGUAUAUCUCCGCGUAAGAACAAUCGUCGUUGCAUUUAUCGAUAAAUUUUUAAAGAAAUAUAUAUAUAUAUAUAUAUAAUUAUGCGAAUUAUAUA